AUGGCCUCGACGAGCCGCGUCAAGCUGGAAAGCUUCGUCGUCUCCAGCAGAAGGGCCGUAUCAUCAGCACCCAUCGCUGCUGGGCGAUGCUUUGUCUCCCUGCCACGUUGCGUGUCUACUUCAUCAUCAGCGCCAUCGCUCCACGACCCUUUCCCCAGACCGGCCCACGCAGCAUCGCCACCGCGUCUCAACCCCUGGCGAAACUUCUCGACCACUUCCAAUCGUCGCUCUCAACCAUCACCACCUGUAUCUUCUCUGUCGCAGCAAGAGUACAACAGCCUCUCGGACGACGUCUUUGACUCUCUUGUCUCCCAACUCGAGCACCUCGUAGACGAGUCACCCGAUGGAGCAGAGCGCGACUGGGAGAUUGAGUAUUCGCAGGGGGUCCUAACCUUGAAGGUGCCGCCGACUGGGACGUAUGUCAUCAACAAGCAGCCCCCGAAUAGACAGAUUUGGCUGAGUAGCCCGACCAGUGGACCAAAGCGCUUCGACUUUGCUGGUCCUGAAGGCAAGGCUUGGACGUGCACCAAGGACGGCCAGUCGUACACGCUCGAGGGGCUUCUCAACGAGGAGCUGAGCAAGGUCUUCGGACAGGAGGUGACCGUCCUCGAAGACGUUGAGUAG